AUGGACUUCGAUACCGCUAGCCAGAGUCUGUCGCCGGGCGCCGCUAUCCAUAAUCCCUCCCUGCGGCUGCCUUCAACCUGCGAUCCUCCCUCCGACCACAAUCCACCAAAGCGCGCAGUAUGGAUCGUCUUUGGAGCUACUGGGCAUAUGGGGCGAUCCCUUGUGCGCGCUGUCUUGGCACACGGUGAUCAAUGUACGGCAGUCGGCUGGACGCAGGAGAAUACGGCAGAACAGAUGGAUAAGUGGCAGGACACGAAUUGUCUGGGGCUACUAUGCGAUGUCAGAGUACGUGAGACGGUAGACCAGGUCAUAAAACGAAGCAUGGAGUACUGGGGCCGCGUGGAUGUCAUCGCGAACAGUACCGGCUUCGGCGUCAUAGCAGCCUGCGAAGACCAGGACGACUACGACUUGCGCAAUCAGUUCAAUACAAACUUCCUCGGCACCCUGCACAUCAUCCAACUCUCUCUCCCAUAUUUUCGCGCUCAGAACUCUGGCCGCUAUCUCAUAUUCUCUUCGACCGCUGGUGCGCUUGGUGUACCGGGUCUUGGUCCCUACUGCGCAACAAAGUACGCCGUAGAGGGUCUUAUCGAGUCGAUGCUUUACGAGAUUGACGUCUUCAAUAUCAAGGCGACUCUUGUUGAGCCUGGGCAUGUGCGGCUGGACGAGCCGGAUGACCACGUGAUACCUCCGAGUUAUACUUCAGCGCCCAUGAUUGGAUCAGGCCCUCCUAAACCGAAGCGAUACGGACACUUUUUCGUGAAGCCAAACCCAAGCGAACCAUAUUCUGGGGUAACAAAUCCUGCGCAACACGCGCGGCGGUUGGUGCAGUGGCUGAAUGACAGACAGCCCGUGAGUAGUGUGAGAAGCGCCGAGCUGGUGUGGCAGCUAGGUCACUGCAGAUAUCCGCCCUUGAGAUUGAUCUUGGGGAGCUAUGCUGUCGACAGCAUUCGCGAUCGUCUGAGGAGUAUUACUGAGGAGAUUGAGGACUGGAAACACCUGUCGUUCCCUGUUUCCAUGCCACCUGAUGAUGAGACUGGCGAGGACAAAGAUGAAAAAGACGAAAAAGACGAAGGAGAGCAAGAUGAAGUCCAGGACCAGGAGUGA